AUGGUUGUCUGGAAAGCCCCCCUUGCGGCCUUGGCUGGCCUCACCACCAUUGCCUGCGCCUCUACUGCCAGAAGGGACGACACUGCGCCCAAGUUCGAGAAGACAAACGUCCCCGGCGCAUACAUUGUCGAGCUCGCCGACGACCAGGAUGCCACAGCCCUCCUCAACCAGAUCGAGGCCGAAGCAGGUGUCUCUGGGGUCUCCCAGCGUGUCAGCCUCCGGUCUAAGGUCUUCAAAGGCGUGUCCUUCCAGGUGGAUGGCCCCGACAGUGAGGCAGCCAACAGGAUCGCCGCACUGCCCCAGGUCAAGCAGCUGUGGCCCGUCCCAUUGAUCUCCGUGCCCAAGCUGGACGUCACCUGGACGGGCAAGGACAAUCCCCCGUCCAAGUUCAAGCGCCAGGCCAACUCGACCGACUCCUGGCCGCCUCACGUCCUUACCCAGGUCGACAAGCUCCGUGCCAAGGGCUUCACCGGCGAGGGCUUCCGCAUCGGUAUCGUGGACACCGGUAUUGACUAUACCCAUCCCGCCCUCGGGGGCUGUUUUGGCCCCGGCUGUUUGGUAGAGUACGGGGCAGAUCUCGUGGGUGACACCUUCGAUGGCACAAGUGCUCCCGUCCCUGACGGCGAUCCGUUUGAUGGUUGUCAAGGGCACGGCACACACGUGGCUGGCAUCAUUGCAGCGGCGGAGAACCCCAUGGGAUUCACGGGAGCCUCUCCCGGCGUGAAGCUCGGCAUGUACCGCACCUUUGGGUGUCCUGGCGUGACCACGGGUGAUGUCCUCCUGGCAGCCGCCAUCCAGGCCUUCGAGGACGGGUCCGACAUCAUCACAGGGUCCGUUGGCGGGCCUAACGGGUGGGCCGGAGAUGCGUUUGCUGUCGCUGUCUCGAGGAUCGUGGAGGCGGGUGUACCGUGCACUUUUGCUGCUGGCAACGAGGUUGGUGAUUCCGAUGGCCUGUUUGGCAUCAGCACCCCGAGCACUGGGGACGGGGUCAUGUCUAUCUCUUCGUACCAGAGCGAGGGAGCAGACAGCCCAGGACGGGUAUCUGCCUACACCAGCUGGGGCCCUACCUUUGAGCUCAAGCUGGCCCCAAGUUUCGGCUCGCCUGGCGCUGGUAUCUUGAGCACCUGGCCCGUCGCCCUUGGCUCAUACGCCGUUGCGUCGGGGACGUCGAUGGCUACGCCCUUGGUGGCGAGUAUCGUCUCUCUCGUGUCCCAGGCUCGAGGGACAAGGGAUCCGGACCUGAUCAAGAGGCUUCUGGCGUCCACAGCCAAGCCAGCAAAGUCACAGAAUUACGGCGAAGCCAACAGCGAACUGGCGCUCGGUCCAGUUCCGCAGCAGGGUGCCGGUAUGGUCCAGGCCUUUGACGCGGCCUAUGCCACGUCCGUCCUCGGUGUCGCCAGCCUGUCGUUCAAUGAUACCGACAACCUCUCCGAGGCUUCUUUCACCGUCACCAAUGUCGGGGACACCCCAGCAACAUACAACCUGUCUCAUGUCCCGGCCCUCACAGCUACGACUCUUUUCGAGAUAUACCGCAGCAGCUCGCCCGCCGUGGACACCGUAUACGCGACACUGACCUUCGAGCCAACCUCGUUCACCCUCGAGCCCAAUGAUACGUCCGAGGUUCGCGUGAGCGUUGUACCCCCAAAGGGUCUCGACGCCGUCGCCCUGCCCGUGUACUCCGGCUGGGUCGCCCUGAACGGCACCGACGGCGACGGCGACAUCGCCCUCUCUCUGCCGUACAUCGGCGUCGCGGGCUCCAUGAGGAACGCCACCGUCCUCGCCUCCCAGCGCCUCUUCUUCAGCCGCAGCGACGACGAGAGGAACCCGGAGGUGCCCGCAAACACCACCUUCCAGCUGCCCGCCCCGGCCGCCCACCCGGACUGGGCCCAGCCGCCUUCCAACACCUCGGACCUGGUCCUGCCGGUGGGUGCCCUGCCUGAUCAGUCCGUCUGGCUGGUCAUGGGCAGCUCGGAGGUCCGCAUCGAGGCCGCCCCCGUCGACCCCGGUAGCCCGGGCACUGGGGACAACGGCCUCGGGGUGGUCACUCUCGGCAACGUUGCUGGAUACCCGCUCGCCUACCACAGACCCAUUGGCUGGAUGAGCCCUUGGGAUGGCAGCCUCGCCGACGGCUCGUGGGCACCGGCCGGGCGGUACAGGCUUAGCAUCUUUGCGCUCAAGAUCGCCGCGGACAGGGACCUUGUGGAGAGCUGGGACCGAUAUGACUCUCCAGAGUUCAUUAUCCGCUAUGUGCAGGUGUGA